UCCUCCUUCACUGCACCACGUCAUCACAAAUCACAAACAAACAUGGCGACGAACUGCAGCUGCUCGGCUUUUCUGACUGUAUUUGCGCUAAUUGCGGGACUUGUUGCGGUGUUUUAUGUAACAGGUGUAAGUGUAAGAUGGUCGGCCGUGUCUCUGGUUGUCAUAACCGGCCUGGUGUUGCUGUGGUUACGGACGUUACGGCAGCGGAACGGUGGGACUGACCGGCGGGUGUGUGUGCUGGUAUUGGGGGAUAUCGGUCGCAGCCCUCGGAUGCAGUAUCACGCGUUGUCCCUCAGCAAACACGGAUAUGCUGUAACUUUUGUCGGGUUUCUGGAAACCAAACCUCAUCAAGACGUACUGAGAGAGGAGAAAAUACGGAUCGUCCCCAUAAUAGAUGUGAAGGGUGUUCAAGCGGGACCUAAAAUCCUCACGUACGUGACCAAGGUGCUGGUUCAGGGUCUGCAGCUUGUCCACGUGCUGCUGAAGAUGGAGACGCAGGCUCAGAUCCUAAUGCAGAAUCCUCCGGGCUUGCCCAGCAUCGCAGUGGCUUGGCUCGUGUGCGUCCUGCGUGGCAGCAGAUUAAUUGUCGACUGGCACAACUACGGCUACACCAUCAUGGCCCUGAGCCACGGCGGCAGACACCCGGUGGUCUGGCUGGCAAAGUGGUAUGAACAUGUCUUAGGUCCACUUGCCACUCACAGCCUGUGUGUGACCAACGCAAUGAAGGACGACCUGCAGAAAAACUGGGGCAUCAAGGCGACGACUCUGUACGACAGGCCGGCCUCCAUCUUCAGAGAGACUCCGCUGAGGCUGCAGCACGAGCUCUUCGUACGACUGGCCAACACGUAUCCUCAGUUUCAGAGCAACAAGUCUGACGAGGAGGACGAGGUGGAGAGGACAGUUUUCUCUGCUCGUCGCCUGACUGAAGACACGGUGAGCUUGAGGGCGGAGCGACCGGUGCUGUUGAUCAGCAGCACCAGCUGGACAGAGGAUGAAGAUUUCUCCAUCCUGCUGACGGCUCUUGAAGAGUACGAAGGUUUCAUUAAAGGAGGAGCUUCACUUCCAUCUUUAGUCUGUGUGAUCACAGGUAAGGGUCCUCAGAAGGAAUACUACAGGAAGCUGAUUGACUCUCUGCAGUUAGAACACGUGCAGAUCUGCACUCCCUGGCUGGAGGCGGAGGACUAUCCUGUUUUAUUAGGUUCAGCAGAUCUCGGGGUUUGUCUCCACAAGUCGUCCAGCGGUCUGGAUCUACCCAUGAAGGUGGUGGACAUGUUCGGCUGCUGUCUGCCCGUCUGUGCCAUCCACUUCGACUGUUUACACGAACUGGUGAAGCACGAGGAGAACGGACUGAUCUUCAGAGACCCUCAGGAGCUCGCAGAGCAGCUCCAGUCUCUCCUGUCAGAGUUUCCCAGGUCAGACAGCAGACUGGGUGCAUUCAGGAGGAACCUCCGCACCAGCAGAGGGCAGCGCUGGGACGACAACUGGGACCAGAACGUCCUGCCUCUGAUCUCUGCUCCCUGAAGGGCCAAAAAAUCCCAUCAGACUUUGGUGCUGGUGGAAAACAUGAUGAGGUCAGAGAAAGAUGUGAAGCAGAGUUUGUAGAGAAAGACAAACCGCAGUGCGAAGAGAAUCGGACAUUCAUGUUUGGGUGAACUGUUCCUUUAACAGACCCUUUGACUUUGAAGGUGAUUUGGCGUCCGUCUGUUCAUUUGAGUGCUUUAAACGCAGCAGUGAAACGCGGGUGCUUCUCUAAACUCCCUCCUGUACGUGAACUUUUUAUUCCAGUUUUUCCUCCUUCAGAGGACCUGAAUGUAGAAAAGACACUUUGACUUGAUGUUCUUUUGUAUAUAAAGUCUUUAUUGUGUCA